UGUGCUUCGUUUCAUUUGUCUCGCAAAAUUGGCGCGAAAACUCUCCCCCUCUCUCGAUUCUCUAGGGUUUCGAUAAAGCAGAAGCAACUUUCAGGAGUUUUGGCCAUGGUUUCUUCUCCUCCUUCGAAGCGUCGUCGUAAGGAACAGAAUGAAGCUGAAUCAGCCGGCGCUUCUAUUCAGAAGAUCUCACCUCUCGUUGUUUUUGCUCAUGGCGCUGGAGCUCCUUCCACUUCUGAUUGGAUGCUGAGAUGGAAGGACAUGCUAGGCAAAUCAUUGGACGCUGUGGAAGUAGUUACAUUUGAUUACCCUUACAUCUCUGAGGGGAAACGGAAAGCACCUCCCAAGGCAGAGAAGUUGGUCGAAUACCACUCUGAUGUUAUCAAAGCGGCUGUUGCAAAAUUUUCCGGGCACCCAUUGAUUUUGGUGGGGAAGUCCAUGGGUUCAAGAGUCAGCUGCAUGGUGGCUGGUCAGGAAGACAUAAGUGCUUCUGCAAUAGUUUGCUUGGGCUACCCACUAAAGGGUAUGAAUGGAGCAAUUCGAGAUGAGACACUACUUCAACUUAACACUCCUGUGGUUUUUGUACAGGGUAGCAAAGAUGGGCUGUGUCCACUGGACAAACUCGCUGCCGUUCGCAAGAAGAUGAAAUGCGCCAAUCAGUUGCAUGUGAUUGACGGAGGGGAUCACUCCUUCAAGAUUGGUAAAAAACACUUACAGUUGAAUGGAUUGACCCAAGAUGAAGCUGAAGAUCAAGCUAUCAAGGCAAUAGCAGAGUUCGUUAACAUAACUUUGGGCGGAGCUGAAGGAGAAUGACAGUUUUGGGGAA